CGCAGACUGUUUUUGAAAGAAAACAAGAGCAGUUAUAAAGCGGACUUUCUCAAGAACUACAUGCCCUUUUAUUCUAGGAAACGGCCAAAAGAACAGGAGGCCACUGAAGACCAAACUUCUCUGCAAACUCCCGCACAUGGUGAUGUGUGCAGGCAUCUGUUAGAGGGAGGGAAUGGGAUUUCCCUUUAUUACAAGACUUCUCUGUACCUGUUGACACUCCGACAUUAUUUUCAGCUGAAGAACCGCUAAGUCCUGGAUUUCUCCACCGUUGACCAGAGGAAAUUUGCACGUCAGUAAUUCUUCUAUUUAUCAAUAGGAAGAGGAAACUGGGAACUCCCUUUGGAAAGAACAUAAAAUCUGUGAAGUUUGAACAAGCAGCCUUCCCAAGAUGUACCGAAUAUCUCAACUGAUGUCAACACCAGUGGCAAGUAAAUGUUCUUCUGGCUCUGAGAGAAGAUACCCUGGAGAACUGUCUCCCACAUGUGUUUUCCCAAGUUUCGCCCGUGAUUUCCUGGAUGGUGACACUUCCUUCGAAUGCUGCUCUGUAGAUCUCCUGACAGCUUCCCACUUUGCCUGUCGCCGAAGUCCCAGACUCCUCUCCAACGGCUACUACACUUGGACAGAAGACAGUUUCCUCUGUGACAAAGAUGGCAACAUAACUCUGAGCCCACCCCAGACCAGUGUUCUUUACAAGGAGAAUUUAGUUAGGAUAUUUAGAAAGAAAAAAAGAAUCCGCCGCACCUUUUCUAAUCUCUUCAACCUCGGUGCCUCUAAAUCCUGGCUGCAUGGAAACAUCUUUGGUGAUGUUGACUCUUCCCUAAGUGAGGACAACUGGCUGGAGGGGGUCAAGAUGUUGGACACGCACCACUGCAAUGAAAUUGGAGGGGAUUCUGACUGUUCCCUCGCUGAUGCCUGGGAGUCCGAGCAGCCGGACGCAGCCUCCUCCUCGGGCCACGGCCACGCCGCGUCUCAGACUCCGCGACAAAACUCCCACCACCGGGCUCUUCGGUCUCAUGUGAUGGCUUCUGAACAUUUCCCAGAGAACAUUUGGGAUCAUGCAAAAACCAGUGUGUGGCGAGAGGUCUCCUUCCCAGCAAUUCUGCUGGCUGUGUGCUUCGUCAUCUGUGCAUGUGCAAGAUGGUUUCUGGGAGGAAUAGUAGCCAGUGUCUUCACAUGCUCAUUGAUGGUAACUAUUGCCUGUUUGCCAAAAUUUGACAACCAUUUAGGAGUGUCUCUGAUGAAUGCCUUCCAUUUGAAUAUCCAGAAAUUGUCUGAUUUGCAGUCUGCUUGGAAUCAACUGCUUUAUGGGAGGAGAGUGAGGAACUGGAUAAUCGAGAAAAAACAUUUUAAUUUGGUUAUGUUUUUUUUUAAUCUCAUUUUUACCCUCAUAAUUGUAAUAUGCUCAUGAAAAUAACAUUAAUUUGUCUUUCCUUUACAAACACUAGCAGUUGAAAGGGAACAGACUAGGAACUGUGAUAGAGAACCAACCGCCUGGGUAGAGGUUCCUCUCUUAUUCCCUGAGGCAUAGUUUUCAAACAUUAAUUUUCAUUUAGAAAAUUCUAUGAGGUGCUUAUAACAAUGCAGAUUCCUGGGCCUGCCUGCAAACACCUCUCCCUAGCCGAACUGCUUUACUUGAAUAAUGUAAGCAAGUUUCUCUAAUCAAUACCAGCUCCAAAGUAAAUAAAUCGCAGUUUGCAUGUAAAAUACAACGUAGAAAAAAAAUUAAUCAUUCUCCCUAAGAAGUGGCUGGUUGGGGGUUGGUUCAUCAGAUGCAGGUUAGUGAAGAAUGGGCAGGAGAGAGACUUUCUUUGGGAAAGCACAUUCUUCCUUUGAACCAUUUUCUUUACAAAGUUUUCAGCCUUCUUGGGGCUCAUGAUUACCUUCCACUUAAGUGCAAUUAAAAUAAAGAUAUAAGGGAAAAAAAUCUUUAAGGGCCAAAAAAAGAAAAAGAAAAAGAAAAGAAAAGAAAAAGAAAAAAGAAAAAAAGAAAAAAAAAAGAAAAACACCAGAAUGCCUUGAAAUCCAUAAAAAUGGUGCAGUCGCCCAGCUGGCUGAAGGGGUAUAGAAGGUGCUCCCUAUCAUUGUUCUCGCUUGGAAUAUGUUCUUGCAGCAAACAGAGCCUGCAAUUCAAAGUUGUUCUGUAUGAUAUCCUCCGGCUAGACACCUGUGUGGAGAAAUCUGUCUUUGCUUAAAAUGGUAAUAUAAAAAUAUCACUCUUUAUAUUAUUUGUAUUUAGUGAAUUUUGUUUGAAAAAAUACUAUACUAGUAAAUAAAUGAGGUCAUCAGCAAAUUA